UCGGCGCUGAUGAUUUCUCCGUUGAGGCGUUUCGCGAGUUCCAGAGAUAGCCUGCUUUUUCCGGCGCCGGUGGGUCCGGAUAUUACUAAUACUUUCUGCCGCUCGCCACUCUUUUUCGGCGGCGGUGGCGGUGGCGGUGCCGGGCGGGAGGUUGCGAAGAGCCUUCGUGUGCGGCGGAGGCAUUGCGCUAGAGGGCGGAGGAGCGGCAACUCCGCCGCACUAGCAGAAGAACUCUUGCAGACGAAGGAGGAGGAGCUUUUAGAAUCCACAAAGAAACUCACGGAGCUCGAGACGAAGGAGGAGAAGCUUUUAGAAUCCACAAAGAAGCUAACGGAGCUCGAGGUUAGCCACAAAGAGUUGCUUGAAAAAUACAAGGAAAUUGAACCA